GGAAAAGUGGCAACUAUCAUUAGAGUUAUUAUAGAUAAAGGUUACUAUAGUUCUUCCAUACUUAUUUGCAACUAUCAGGUAUAAGAUAGUCGUUUAGAUGUCUAGAAAGACAAUGAAGUUUGGUAGAAUGACGUAGAUUUUCAUAACCAUUGGAGUUUAAUACAAGUGAAGUUCCUGGUGAUGAUGUAGAAGUCCUAGUAUUGCAAAUUUCACUUAUAAUAGAAUGUACCCGAUCAGUGGCAUAAAUAAAACCACCGCAGUGUGGGAGACGGGCGCCAGACAAAACAAGAAAAGAAAACGGCCGAUUCAAAGGGGAAUGGAGAACAGUGACAUUUGUAGUCCUGGUAGGAUUACACACUUCCAUCAUAGCCCUGACCACUGCAAGAUAGCUUUCGAUUCUAUCAAUAAGAUGCGUCACAAUAUUCAAAUGACAGAUAUUACUCUCAAAGUUGGUGAUGUGAGUAUCCAUGCUCAUCGUAUAGUCUUAGCCUCGACUAGUCCCUACUUUUAUGCUAUGUUUAAUGGUGAUAUGUCAGAAAGACUAUCAAGGGAAGUCGUUCUUCACGAGGUUGAUGUUAUGGCACUGCAGCUCUUAGUUGAUUAUUCCUAUACCGGUGGAAUACUCAUUACCGAAGACAAUGUUCAGGUUUUGUUACCAGCUUCUAGUCUUUUACAAAUCGUAACGGUACGAGAAGCAUGUUGUGAGUUUUUAAUGGGACAACUACACCCAUCGAACUGUCUCGGUAUCAGGAGUUUUGCAGAUGCUCAUGGUUGCAAGGAAUUGCAUAGUAAAUCUCAUAAAUAUGCCUUGCAGAACUUCCAGGAAGUUAUGUCGACGGAAGAGUUUCUUCUCUUACCUUUUGCAGAGGUAGAAGAACUUAUUUCAAACAACCAACUGAACAUUGCAUCCGAAGAAAAAGUUUUUCUGGCAGUUCUCAAUUGGGUCAAACAUUGCAUAGCGGAUAGAGUACAAUACAUAGCCAAGCUAUUGAGCCAUGUGAGGCUUCCUCUGAUGUCACGUGACUUCCUUAUGACAACGGUCGACACUGAAGUGUUGGUGAGGGACAGUGCGGAAUGUAAAGAACUCCUCCUCGAGGCCAUGAAAUAUCACUUGCUGCCGGAGCAGAGGUCACUCUUGAUAAGUGAGCGUACCUGCCAUAGGAGGCCUGAGGGGAUUGAGCAUUACGUCUUCGCAAUAGGUGGAGGAAGUUUAUUUGCUAUUCACAGCGAAUGCGAAGUGUACAACCCGAGAUCUGACAGAUGGUUCCCCAUUUCCCCGAUGAUUUGUAAAAGGAGCAGAAGUGGAGUUACUGGGCUGGGUAGGAUGCUUUAUGUAGUCGGUGGAUAUGACGGUGCCACUGACUUGGCAAGCGCCGAAAGUUACAAUCCUCAAACGAACUCUUGGACGAGUAUAACAUCGAUGGGAACUAAAAGAAGUUGCCUAGGGAUUUGUAGCUUCGACGGACUGGUUUAUGCUUGUGGAGGCUACGAUGGAGCAUCUUGCCUCAGUAGCCUGGAACGGUACGAUCCGUUGACUGGAGUCUGGAGCUCUUGUCCUGCAAUGAACACCAGACGGAGAUAUUGCAGAGUUGCAGUUGUAGAAAACUGCAUUUAUGCUCUUGGUGGAUAUGAUUCAACAAAUUAUCAAGCAAGUGUGGAACGCCUUGAUCCUCGUGAAGGCAAAUGGACAGGAAUGCCAAGUAUGAGCUCUCGGAGAUCUAGCUGCGGCGUCGCCUCGGUGGAUGGGCUGCUAUAUUGCAUCGGAGGCAACGACGGAACUAUGUGUAUGGCUAGCGGUGAGCGUUUCGAUACCAGGAGGAAUUCUUGGGAACCAAUAGCACCCAUGCAUUCGCGAAGAUCCACCCAUGAAGUUGUCAACUGCGGAGGAGUUCUAGUUGCUCUUGGAGGCAACGAUGGAUCCUCUUCUCUUAAUUCAGUGGAACUUUAUGACAUCAACCUGAACAAGUGGACUAUAGUCGCUUCAAUGAUGACGAGGAGGAGUUCAGUCGGAGCUUCCAUAUUGGAAUGUUUCAACUUAGAACUAGCCGUCGCCUCCAGCCAAGUCAUGCCGAGGAAUAUGGUGCUAUCCUGAAGUGAGGACUCUCUUAAGGAUGUGAUCCAUCGAAAGACUUUAACUCUAAAUAAUGUAAAGCGAUAAAAGAACUUAGUUUGUUCGAUAAUAAUGUACGUACUGGGCUUUUGAAAGGCAAACAUUGAGGAAGUAAUAUUUGGCUUUCUCUCGAAGCUUCAGCUCGAAUAGCUUUCAUUUUCCCUUCGCUUUUAGCAGCGCAAGUCAAAAUAUUUGUUCUCAGAAAAUACAAUGGCUAUUUAUAGUAAAAUUUUGCACAAAUUAUUACAAUAGAAUAGAAACUCUUUUGUAACUUAAUUUUUUACCAAUGUAGUAAUACAAAGAAGUAAUUGUAGUUUUUUAAGAAUGUAAUUAUAAAAUAUGAAAAUGAAUUAGAUCAAUAGAGAUUUAAAUGAAAAAAAACGAUAAACAAUCGAAUUGAAGAUAGUUGUUACGACGUAUAGAUAUUAUUUUGGCGUAACUCAAAUUUUAAGAUUGUUUGUAAAUAUUUGUGAUUGACUGAAUUCUUAAAACAUUUGUGAUGAACUAUUCUUCCAUCAUCAACAGACAGGAUUUGUAUUGGGUUCGACUGCGGGAAUUCUAUCCUCGCCAACGCAUUUUCAUCUAAUUCUGUUCUAUUCAUAAUUUUCUGUCUCAUUCUAAGACUUGAUUUCUCGUAGGCUGAGCACAGGAAUAUCAAUUCAAGUCAUCGCACUAAAAGACAUUGGAAGUGACGAAUCUACAUUUUUGAGAAAAGAAAGUAGAAAAUUAAUAAACGGUUUUAAAAGUAUGGGCAGAAAAACUUUAGUACAUCAAUUAAGAGAAGCUUCUAAUACUAAAAUAAACGAAUGACUGGAAUUCAAACAAAUGAAUUUUUUUUCACAUAUUUUACUUGGGAUAAAGCAUCACUUUGAAAAAUUAAUAAAAGUCACUUUAAUCCAAGUUUAUGGAGAAUAACAUUUCCUUUCAUGGUCAAUGUACAUUUUGUGAUCAAAGAAAAAUCCAAGGAAAUAUAUAAAUUUUGGAUGAAAUUUUACAAAUGGCCAUCUAAACUGACAGUUGUAAUAAAAAUAACAUAAAAUAUUUAUGAUAUGAAACUGAUAGUCAUAAAAUACUGUAUUGUUUGUAUAAAAAAAAUGUAUUGUGAUGAACAUUCUGUUCUAUAAGUUAGUUAUAAAUAUAUACUGUAAUAUUUAUAUAAGUCAUUAGAAAUUAAGCUUAAAUAUGACAAAUUUGUAAUAAGUUGUUUAAGACAUGGCUUUUGAUAUAUUCGUAAAAUUGCCCAUAUGUGUUAAUUGUUAAAUAUGAUAAGAUCUACUCAUAACCAUUUAUCUGUAGAUUUUGUUGUUUUUGUAUUUUAUACAAUUUAUGUAAUGGUAUUAAAUGAAUAUUAGUGAAAUUGGUUGGGGCUGCAGUCAAAGUUGAAAGUACACACAGAAAGGCUUUAUUUUGUUAGAAGGUAAAUCCCUUAUUUUGCAUUUAGGUAAAGGUAAGAUAACAACAACCAAUAAGAAAAAAAAAUGUUUUUUUCAAAGAAAACAUGAAGAUAAAAUAGUAUGAUGACGGUAAUGAUAUAUCAAAUAUAUACAAAAAUGUAACUUUUAUGUGUAAGUAAUGAAAAAAUAAAUAUAUAUUGUAAGGUUACGUUCCCUUCGAAAAGUAAACGAAACAGUUUCUUAAUCAAAUAAUAUUUAUUUUACACAAUAAUUAUUUCUCAGGUUGGGUUGGGCAAUAAACACACAUCCUCAAUUAUACAAUAUAAAAGCAUGCAUUCAUUAUUUAUACAGCACAUUUAUGAAUUUCUAUUGUUUGUCAGGGUCUAAUCUUGGCGCGCUUUCGAACUGUCCAUUUAUAUUUCACUCAUCCUGUUCUGCAGUGAAUCUUCCUCGGUAUUGUACCCAACUUCUACAACUUUCUCUUGUUCUAUUAUUUUCUUGUGUUCGUCUAGUUGCAGACACCCACUACUUGUUAACUAACAUUUUCUUCUCACCGAUCCUUUUUACUAACCGGCUGGCUACCUUCUCUUCAUAUAUGGCACUCUUCCCCCACCAUCUGUCAUUCUUUGUCCAUUUUUGGCAGUGGUUCGUGGUGUCACUACCUUCGCGCCAUUAUUCAAAAUCACUCUGUAAUAUUUAUAUUACAAUAUAUAUAUUAGCAUUUUUAUAUUUGUUUAUAUAAAUGCUGAGAUAAGAAUGAAAAAGUAUGUUAAUGUAAGAAAAAUAAAAUAUAUUAGUACUGUUUAAUGACAGGUCAUAAUAUUUCAAAUAUAUUAUCAUCUGUAAUAUACAAUAACCCUAGAACGACACACUUGUGUAUACAUACAUCAACUCAUUCUGACAUUGGGUUGUGGUACACCCCAAACUUUAAAUUAUCAUAAAAUUUAAUUGUCAUGCUUUGGAAAACUCAAAUACUUUUCAGAUAAAAGCUAAAUGAUCAGGAAAACAAAUACAUUGAAGGUAACUUUAGAUAAUAUAUUUUAUAUGCUCACAUAAAGUAAAAGUUAACAUCUACAUCACUAAAAAAUCAAAAAAAGAUCAAUUUUUUCUAUUCAAAAUAAGUUAAGUUUAUAUCAAUUAAAUAUGUAUAUUUGGAAUGUAAAAUAUAUACAUUAUUAAGAAAAAACAUUUUUUUGUACUUUUGGGUCCUCCCCUUCCUCGGCGUUAAGGCUAUACGGGGUUUUCCUGGGCCAGGGGGUGAGGGGCAGGGAUUUAAAAGACCCCUUGGCACCAGGACGCAAACUCGUAACUAUUUUUAUAACACAUUUAUCAUAUAUCAGGUUGCCGGGCAACGGUGGUACUGUGCACAACGCGUUAACGCAACAUUUUUUUGUACUUAAAAAAAUAAUAAAAUCUAUAGUGAAGGCCAUUGCAGAUUGGCUCUUACAUUAGGGACAAAUAAUUUUUGUCUUGUUAUCUUUUCCUCUCAUUUAAAAUGAAUAUUUGGCUUGUUUUCUCAACAGUAGUUUAGUUUUUAAUGCCUAAAAUUUCAUUUAUGUUGAGACUCACCGUUCGCGUGGGUGUCUCCACUUGCAGUCUUCCUUUCAAACAAGGCUCAAUGAAAGAAUAGCGUAAUUCAAAUGAAUAAUUUCUCCAUUUCAUAUUUUUUUCUAGUUAACUAAACUGAACAAUAUCCAUGCUGUUUAUACCAGCAUGGUUCAACAUUCCAAAGACAAAUUGGAGAGACAGCUUCUUUGUUUUUUUGCUGUUAUGUACACAUGACACAUUUGAUCAAAAGUUACUGUGCCGUCUUUAUUUAAUAUGGUUCUUCUAUCUUUUCUUCAUCUUGUUUCUUCAGGAUAAAAAACAUUUUUUUUGGUAUUUGUCAUACUAAAGAAAUAGUUUCUAUACAUUAAUGUCUGAAUAGAAAACUCCACUAAUUAACAAAUAUAAUAUUAAAAAUCCAUAUCUGUAUUAUUAUUAUUAUCAUCACGGCGCUACAACUCGGUGACGAGUCUUGGCCUCCUCCUCCACCAGCUUCCUCCAGUCAUCUCUGUUCUGUGGGGCCAUCAUCCAGCUCCUGGCUCCUAGGACAUCCCUUGAAUCUCUUGCCACAUCGUCUGACCAUCUUAGUUUUGGUCUCCCUCUUCUUCUUGUGCCGUAAAGAGGUUCUGUCAGGAUCAUCCUAGGGAUUGCUUCAUUCUCCAUCCUUGCUACAUGGCCAGUCCAUCUCAAUCUUCCAAGCUUCAUCAUCUGAACGACAUCUUGAUCAUUAAAAGUUGAGCAAAUUUCGGGAAAUCUGAAUUAUUAGACUUUUCAAAAUAAUAAAGAAAACACUGGGAUACGAAAUUCACAGAACAGAUACAUAGACAGCACACUGGAGUGAGAGACACCCAGGAGAGUCAUGUAAACAACAUACUAGGGUGUGGGAUAUCCCA